GCCGACCCGCAGUUUGCCCAGUGGACCACGGAACCGUGGGGUGUCUCGGUCGGGGUUGGGCUCCAGAUGGUGCUGGGUCGCUCGCCUCCGCGCCGAGAAAGGAGCUGCGUUUUAUUGUCGCACUUUGCUUUCCUCGGGCCCCUGUAGAGACUGAAGCCAUCGCCCGGUAGCCCUGGUCCCUUGCCUGGGUUUGGGACCGCGUUCCUGCGGAGUCCCCAAAGGAACGGCGAGCCGGGGACCCCGGGGGUGCGGCGGUCGCAGUAUCUGAGGAGCCGCGCCCCGCUUGCUUGAGAGGGUCUUUCGAAGCAGGCGAAAUUUUCUUUAUUGUUGAUACCUGGUUAAUUAUGUCAGAUUGGCUAUGAAGAAUCCAGUGUAUUGCAGAGGAAACUUUGCGUUCCCAGCAACUUGGUGAUUGUCUCUUUUAAGUGGUUAAGUUUAAGAUAUCAUAGUUCAUUCGGGCAACCUGAUCUGGAGAUGACUGGGAAAGAAAUCAGUUUCCAGAUUUGAUCGUAAAUGCAUCAUAAAGAGGCAGCCCAGAAUGAAGAAAGCAAGCAGGAGUGUUGGCUCAGUGCCUAAGGUGUCUGGGACAAGUAAAACACAAACGGUAGAGAAAAUUAAGCCUGAAAACAGCUCUUCAGCAACUACAGGAGGAAAACUUGUAAAACCUGGAACUGCAUUAUUGUCAAAGACCAAGAGCAGUGAUGAUCUUUUAGCUGGAAUGGCUGGAGGGGUGACAGUGACGAAUGGUGUUAAAGGAAAGAAAAGCGUCUGCCCAUCUGCAGCAUCUUCAGCAUCUACCCCUGCCAUGACCACUGUGGAGAACAAACCCAAGAUCAACACAGGCACCAGUUCUUCAACCAAGCGGAGCACUUCUGCAGGUAAUAAAGAAUCCAGUUCUACUAGAGAAAGAUUACGUGAACGUACUCGAAUAAACCAGAGCAAAAAACUGCCUUCUGCAGGUCAGGGAGCUAAUGACGUGGCAUUGGCUAAACGUUCCCGCAGUCGCACUGCUAUGGAAUGUGAUGUUCGUAUGAGCAAGUCUAAAUCGGACAAUCAGAUCAGUGACAAAGCUGCUUUAGAAGCUAAAGUGAAAGAUCUUCUCACGCUAGCAAAAACCAAAGAUGUGGAAAUUUUACAUUUGAGAAAUGAACUCCGAGACAUGCGUGCUCAGCUGGGCAUUAAUGAAGAUCACUCCGAGGGUGAUGAAAAGUCUGAAGAGAAGGAAACCAUUAUUGCUCACCAGCCAACUGAUGUUGAGUCCACUUUAUUGCAGUUGCAAGAACAGAAUACUGCCAUCCGUGAAGAACUCAACCAGCUAAAAAAUGAAAACAGAAUGUUAAAGGACAGGUUGAAUGCACUGGGCUUUUCCCUAGAGCAAAGGUUAGACAAUUCCGAAAAACUGUUUGGUUACCAGUCCCUGAGCCCAGAAAUUGCCCCUGGUAACCAGAGUGAUGGGGGCGGAACUCUGACUUCCUCAGUGGAAGGUUCUGCACCUGGGUCAGUGGAGGAUCUCUUGAGUCAGGAUGAAAAUACACUCAUGGACCAUCAGCACAGUAACUCUAUGGACAACCUGGACAGCGAGUGCAGUGAGGUUUACCAGCCCCUGACCUCAAGCGAUGAUGCCCUCGAUGCACCAUCAUCUUCAGAGUCAGAGGGCAUUCCAAGCAUAGAGCGCUCUCGUAAAGGGAGCAGUGGGAAUGCUAGUGAAGUGUCUGUUGCUUGCUUGACAGAACGGAUACACCAGAUGGAAGAGAACCAGCACAGUACAAGUGAGGAACUUCAGGCAACUCUGCAGGAACUAGCUGAUUUGCAGCAGAUUACCCAAGAGUUGAAUAGUGAAAAUGAAAGGCUUGGGGAGGAGAAAGUCAUCCUUAUGGAGUCCUUGUGUCAACAAAGUGAUAAGUUGGAACACUUCAGCCGACAGAUUGAGUAUUUCCAUUCCCUUCUAGAUGAGCAUCAUAUUUCUUAUGUUAUAGAUGAAGAUGUAAAAAGUGGACGCUACAUGGAAUUAGAGCAACGUUACAUGGACUUAGCUGAGAAUGCCCGUUUUGAGCGAGAGCAGCUUCUUGGUGUCCAGCAGCAUUUAAGCAAUACUUUGAAAAUGGCAGAACAAGACAAUAAAGAAGCUCAAGAAAUGAUAGGUGCACUCAAAGAACGCAGUCACCACAUGGAGCGAAUAAUUGAGUCUGAGCAGAAGGGUAAAGCAGCCCUGGCAGCCACCUUAGAGGAGUACAAAGCCACAGUGUCCAGCGACCAGAUAGAGAUGAAUCGCCUGAAGGCCCAGCUGGAGAAUGAAAAGCAGAAAGUGGCUGAACUAUAUUCUAUCCAUAACUCUGGAGACAAAUCUGAUAUUCAGGAUCUCUUGGAGAGUGUUAGGCUGGACAAAGAAAAGGCAGAGACUUUGGCUAGUAGCCUGCAGGAAGAUUUGGCUCACACCCGAAAUGAUGCCAAUCGAUUGCAGGACACCAUUGCCAAGGUAGAGGAUGAAUACCGAGCCUUCCAAGAAGAAGCUAAGAAACAAAUUGAAGAUUUGAAUUUGACAUUAGAAAAACUAAGAUCAGAGCUGGAGGAAAAAGAGACAGAAAGGAGUGAUAUGAAAGAAACUAUCUUUGAGCUUGAAGAUGAAGUAGAACAACAUAGAGCUGUGAAACUUCAUGACAACCUCAUUAUUUCUGAUUUAGAGAAUACAGUUAAAAAACUCCAGGACCAAAAACAUGACAUGGAAAGAGAAAUUAAGACACUUCACAGGAGACUUCGGGAAGAAUCUGCAGAAUGGCGGCAGUUUCAGGCUGAUCUACAGACUGCAGUAGUCAUUGCAAAUGACAUUAAAUCCGAAGCCCAGGAGGAGAUUGGCGAUCUGAAGCGCCGGUUACAUGAGGCUCAGGAAAAAAACGAGAAACUCACAAAAGAACUGGAGGAAAUAAAAUCACGCAAGCAAGAGGAGGAGCGAGGUCGAGUAUACAACUACAUGAAUGCUGUUGAGAGAGAUCUGGCAGCCUUAAGGCAAGGGAUGGGACUAAGUAGAAGGUCCUCAACUUCCUCAGAGCCAACUCCAACAGUAAAAACCCUCAUCAAGUCCUUUGACAGUGCAUCUCAAGUACCAAGCCCUGCUGCAGCUGCAAUUCCUCGAACACCUCUGAGUCCAAGUCCUAUGAAAACCCCUCCCGCGGCGGCUGUAUCUCCCAUGCAGAGACAUUCUAUAAGUGGACCAAUCUCAACAUCCAAACCCCUCACAGCCUUGUCAGACAAGAGACCAAACUAUGGGGAAAUCCCAGUUCAAGAGCAUCUGUUAAGAACAUCGUCAACUAGCCGACCUGCUUCUCUACCAAGAGUACCUGCUAUGGAAAGUGCCAAGACCAUCUCAGUAACUCGACGAAGUAGUGAAGAAAUGAAACGGGACAUCUCUGCAUCUGAGGGAGCAUCGCCAGCCUCUCUUAUGGCUAUGGGAACCACAUCUCCACAGCUGUCCCUGUCCUCCUCUCCCACAGCAUCUGUGACCCCAACCACUCGAAGCCGGAUAAGAGAAGAAAGGAAAGACCCUCUCUCAGCACUGGCAAGAGAAUAUGGAGGAUCAAAGAGGAAUGCCUUGUUGAAGUGGUGCCAGAAAAAAACAGAAGGCUAUCAGAAUAUUGACAUCACAAACUUCAGCAGCAGCUGGAACGAUGGGUUGGCUUUCUGUGCACUCCUGCAUACAUAUCUUCCAGCACAUAUUCCAUAUCAAGAACUGAACAGCCAAGAUAAGAAAAGGAACUUCACACUGGCCUUCCAGGCAGCUGAAAGUGUUGGCAUCAAAUCCACACUGGACAUUAAUGAGAUGGUACGCACUGAACGGCCAGAUUGGCAAAAUGUGAUGCUGUACGUGACGGCGAUCUACAAGUACUUUGAAACCUGAGCAUACUGGGAGGAGCUGCCGCUGACUGGGGACCUCGGCAGUAACCAAGCAACACCAACACCCUUAGCUAUGCACCCCUCAAGCUUUCAGCAGCUCUGGGCUGUCCUGCAGCGUGUGAGCCUCAGCCUGGGACCUCUGCAUCAGAAGAACUCAGGCCUGUAGCCCGUGGCACACACCAGGGCUCCUCCAUGUGGCCUGUCCACCCAGUGCAUGUGGGCAUAGCACACAGCAUGCAGACUGGCUUCCUUCUGAAGACAGAUUGAACUCCAUUAGUGCCUAGGAUACAAAAAACAAAAGGCUGAUACCCAGCGAAACUUGGGGGAAAGGAUUCAAUUAUAGGAGAUUUCUAGAGGUUGGUAAAAAGC